UAAAUUUUUUUAUGGAGUACAUAAUUGAAUGAUAUAAGUAGAUUAUAUAUAGUGCAUUGCAGAUAAGAUUUGGCAGGUGUACAUAUAAUACGAUGCAUGCAAAGUGUCGUGGCAACGCGUGUCACCGCUUUAAUUUGAUUAACUAAGCACAAAAAUGGGUGAUGAGGUUGUGAGAAGUGAAGGUGUUGGAAAAUGGAGAAGCAGGAUGAUGAAGAAUAUGAAUGGGAGAAGCAAAAGGAGUGGGGUUGGGUGAUGGAUGCAGGAAAGAAGGUGGUAAUGGCCGGUGUUAUCAUAUCAUCUGCUCCGGUACUACUUCCGCCCUUACUCGUUGUUUCUGCGCUCGGGUUCGCCGUCUCGCUGCCGUCCGGCGUCGUUUUAGCCUCAUAUGCCUGCACUCACAAGCUCAUGACCAAACUGCUGCCACCGCCGCCUCCUCCUCUUUUUGAUUAUGAUUAUGAUUUUGGUGUUGAUGACGAUGACGAUUAUGAUGGUUAUGGUGAUGGUGAUGUUGAAGGACCAACAACAGCUGCUGAGGUCAAGAUGAGUGAGGACAUCAAGAAUCAGAUUGAAAUGAGAAUUGAAUUGGUGGAAGAUGAGAAUCAUGAGCACUUAUUUGAUGGAGUGACAGAAUCACAAGAGGAGGUAGAGAUGAGCAGCACCUCCUCUUCCACUGACGUUAUUGAUCCCAAGAUAGAUGGUGACAAAUUGCAAGAGGGCAAUGGAGUAAAUGGUGGUGGUUUGCAUUCUCGUGGGGAAGUGAUUAGUGAGGAUAAAAUUUGGGAGAAGAUAGACGCAAUAAGAGUUAUUGUAGGAUUCAAGGCUCCAAAGCGUUCCUCCUAUGUGGAAGAAGUUAAGGCCUUGUAUCUCUUCACAGGCAUCGAACCACCAACACAAGAUCAGUCUCAUCUUACACACCUUAACUUCCUCAUGUCUGUAAUCGGAGUGAAAUGA